UUAUAGAAUCAGACUCAGCCAAUUGCCAUUAAACAUAUUUUCCCUUUCUUCUCCACUCGCCACAUACAAAAUCUCUGUGAAAAAAGCAAAAAUUCUGGAGAAAAAAUUGAACAAAAAUGUCGGAACCGGAAGGAGGAAUGACUCAAAAUCACCUUCCGAAGUCAAAGGAGUUGACUCCUCUGCCGCAUACGGCGUCGACGGCGCCGGUGACGGAGAGAGAGUCGAUGAUGAUGGAUCUCGAUUUCGAUAUUGACGCUUCCUGGUCUUUUGAUCAGAUUUUUGCUGCUGCUGCGGCGGUUUCAUCGAAUCCUGCGUCUCCGUUCCUGCCUUGUUCUCCUCUUUGGGCGUUUUCCGAUGAUAACGAUGAAAAACCUGCCGGAAAUGGACUUUCCGGUGCUCUACGUAUCUCCGGCCACCCUAGAUUUGUCGCUUACACUGGUGAUAUAGAAGGUACAACUGAAACUGUCUCUGUCAACGCUGAUAAGGGACGACUUCCUUCACCAAUUUCAGGACUAAUACCUGGAGAUAAUCCAGAUGGGUCUUGUAUAAUCAAGGAGAGGAUGACACAAGCGCUCCGAUACUUAAAGGAAUCCACAGGAGAGCGAGUCUUAGCUCAGGUCUGGGCACCUGUAAAGGAAGCUGGUCGGUCUGUACUCACAACUUCAGGGCAGCCCUUUGUUCUUGACCCAGAGUGUAAUGGGCUUCAUCAAUAUCGAACGGUUUCUCUGAUGUAUAUGUUUGCUGCGGAUGGAGAGACUGAUGGAGUUCUUGGACUUCCGGGCCGUGUCUUCCGCCUUAAGUUGCCUGAAUGGACACCAAAUGUGCAAUACUACUCCAGUAAAGAGUUCCCUCGGCUUGAUCAUGCUCUGCAUUACAAUGUUCGAGGAACUUUAGCGCUGCCUGUAUUUGAACCUUCUGGACGAUCUUGUGUUGGUGUACUGGAACUCAUAAUGACCUCCCAGAAGAUCAACUAUGCUGCUGAGGUGGAUAAAGUAUGCAAAGCACUGGAGGCUGUAAAUUUGAAAAGUUCAGAUAUAUUGGACCACCCAAACACUCAGGUCUAUGUGAUGGGGUAUAUGAACCAGAUCUGCAAUGAAGGCCGGCAGAAUGCAUUGGUUGACAUCUUGGAGAUACUAACUGCAGUAUGUGAAACAUACAAACUGCCUCUGGCUCAGACAUGGGUUCCAUGCAGGCAUCGCAGUGUUCUGGCUGAUGGUGGUGGGUUGAAAAAGAGCUGCAGUAGUUUCGAUGGGAGCUGCAUGGGACAGAUCUGUAUGUCCACAACAGAUGUAGCAUUUUAUGUGGUUGAUGCUCACAUGUGGGGUUUCCGUGAUGCCUGUGCGGAGCAUCAUUUACAAAGGGGACAGGGAGUUGCUGGAAGAGCAUACGCUUCACGAAAAUCAUGCUAUUGUGAAGACAUCACAAAAUUUUGCAAAACCGAGUACCCUUUGGUACAUUAUGCACGCAUGUUUGGGUUGACCAGUUGUUUUGCAAUAUGCUUACGGAGCAGUCACACAGCCAAUGAUGAUUAUAUUCUGGAAUUUUUUCUGCCACCGAAUUCUGGGGAUUACAGUGACCAGCAGGCUUUGCUUAACUCACUCUUAUUGACAAUGAAGCAGCACUUCAGGAGUCUCAGCAUUGCUUCCGGAGGGGAACUUGAGCAUGACUGGAGUUCAGUUGAGAUUAUUCAGGCUUCCAUGGAAGAGAAAAUUGACGCAAAGCCUGAAUCUGUACCAACACCAAUAACUUCUCCUCAACUGACUAGUUUACCAAAUGGAUGGAUGCACCUUGAUCCAGUGGGAGAGCAGCAGUCAGCAGUAGGAUCCAAUGUUUCUAAAGGUGCAAGGAGCACAAGUGGUACAGGUGAAGCCCCUAACCAUGUAUCUAACUCCGACAAUAAAACGUCUGGAAAGAAAUCAGAGAGAAAACGUGGAAAAGCUGAGAAAACAAUUAGCUUAGAGGUUUUGCAGCAGUAUUUUGCUGGAAGUCUCAAGGAUGCUGCAAAGAGUCUUGGGGUUUGCCCUACCACAAUGAAACGCAUAUGUAGGCAGCAUGGGAUCUCUAGAUGGCCAUCUCGCAAGAUAAAUAAGGUCAAUCGUUCCCUUUCAAAGCUAAAGUGUGUAAUUGAAUCCGUUCAAGGAGCCGAAGGUGCAUUUACUCUGACUUCACUGGCACCAAAUUCACUUCCUGCUGCUGUUAGUUCAAUUUCUUGGCCUGCUGGUGCAAAUGUUUCCAAUCUACCAAGUUCACCAUCGUCUAAACCUUCAGUAUUUCCUGGGGAGAAGAAUGAGUUCUCCCACCAUGGAACACCAGAAAGUCACAUAGAAGCUGAACCCUCAAAUCAAAUGCUAGGAGGCAGGGUGGCCAGGAAGGAAGAAUUCACUCCUACGCAGAACGGUUUUCUGCAUGCAGAAGGCACACGUAAGUCCAGAACAGGGAGUGUCUCAAGAGAAGUGAGCGCAGGGACACCUACGUCCCAUGGUUCAUGCCAAGGAAGUCCUUGUGCUGGAAAUGAAUUCUCCCCUCAGAACGAGCUGGUUAAUUCACCGGCACAUGAGUCGUGCAUGAAAGUGGGAGGCUCUCUGGAAGCAGCUCGCCAGACCACAACAGAAAUCAACUUAUCUUCUGCAUUCCUAAUGCCUCAGCCUAUUAUUCCAAAACACACCCAGGAACCAUUUGGAGGAAUGCUAGUUGAGGAUGCAGGCAGCUCUCACGAUCUGAGAAAUCUUUGUUUACCUAGAGACGCUCUGGUUGAUGAACGUGUCCCGGACUACAAUUUUACAAUCCCACCUGUUUCUGAUGCAACUGCCAAGGACCCCGUUUAUGUUCCCCCUGACGCGAUACAACAAUAUUCUGCCUGGCCUGAAGUGACAUCCGUUACAAUAAAAGCAACAUAUAAGGAAGACAUCAUAAGAUUUCGGCUUUGUUUAAAUUCUGGUACAGUUAAGUUGAAGGAAGAAGUAGCAAAGAGGCUUAAAUUAGAGCUUGGCACUAUCGACAUCAAGUAUCUAGACGAUGAUCUUGAGUUAGUUCCUAUUUCUUGUGAUGCUGAUUUGCAGGAAUGUGUCGAUAUCUCAAGAUCAUCGGGCAGCAGUAUUGUGAGGUUGUUGAUUCAUGAUAUUAUGUCCAACCUAGGGAGCUCCUGUGAGAGCUCAGGUAAAUGAUAAAGGAAUUAGGCUGUAAAUACAUAAAAACUAGUGAAGUAAUUAUUGUAAUACUAGGAUGUGUAAAUUUUGAUUGACAGGUUCUCUGUAAUUGUAACAAAUUUCCAAUUGUAUCAAGCCUCUGAGGUAAUAUAGUGUGUUUUCUUGUUUCUUUUGC